AUGCUGGAGUGCGGAAAUGCUGUGAACGCUCCCGGAGGUGCCCAUUUUGGCCAAGGCAAUGGGUCAGUAGUGGAGGCUGGGGAUUCAUGUUUUGGUAACAUGACAACUCUUCAGCAGUGCUCAGUUAAAGGUUUCAGAGCAUCAACGUGUGGGCACGAUCACGAUGCUGGUGCUUCUUGUGCAGCACUGCUCCGUCUGGUCGGCGGCUCAGGUGAAUGCUCUGGUAGAGUGGAGGUUUUUUAUAAAAGCCAAUGGGGAACUGUGUGCGAUGAUGAAUGGGAAAUGAAAAAUGCCGAUGUGGUAUGCAAACAGCUUGGCUGCGGUCAUGCCAUUUCUGCUCCCACAAGUGCCCACUUUGGUAAAGGUACUGGUCCCAUAUGGCUGGACAAUGUGGAUUGUACAGGCGUGGAGUCUGCUCUCACACACUGUAGGCAUCAUGGGUUUGGAGAGAACAACUGUGGACAUGGUGAAGAUGCUAGCGCUAUCUGUUUAG